AUGGACGGGAGCACCCUCGGAGGAGCGGAGGAGGUAGGCAGCUACCGCCUGGCGCUGAAGCGGAUGGCAGGGGACCUCCUGACCCUGCGCCAGCAUGCCACCAGCCUAGAGGUGGAGAACGGGCACCUGCGGCGCAGCCUGGCCUCGCAGGAGGAGCUGGGCCACGCUCUGCUCGCCGACGUGGACCUGGACGUCAUGACCCGGGAGGAGCUGCUGGAUAGACUUGCCACCUUCAAGCUCAAGCUUGUGGCCGGCACAGUGGAGAUGAGGAAGCUGAAGGACCGCGUCCAACGGCUGCAGAACGAGCUGAUCCGGAAAAAUGACUGGGAGAAGGACCUGGUGCUGCUCCAGCGAGCCCACCAGCAGCAGCAGGCCACGCUGAGGAGAUGCCAGGAGAAGGUGGCCAAGAUGAAGGGCUUGGAGCAGACGGUGCGGCAGCAGGAGAAGGUGAUUGAGACGAUGGAGCGGGUGCUGCAGGAGAAGCUCAACGGGGGGGCCAGGAGCACUGAGAAGCCAGAGGGCGAAGCCCUCUCCAGGGAGGUGUAUGCCGUGCUGCUGGCCGAGAACCACAGGCUGCGGGAGGAGCUGUCGAGGGCCCCCCAACCCUCGUCCCCCAUCGCCCCACGGCCCCCAGCCUUGCCGGGUGUUUUUGGGGGCGCGGAGAAGCUGUCUCUGCUGGCCAGGUUGGAGGAGGCACAAGCCCGUGGGAGGGUGCUGGAGAAGCAGCUGGAGGAGGCGGCGAGGAGGUGGGGACGGGAGAAGCAGGAGCUCGGCGCUCGUCUGCUGGAGCGGCAACACGGCUUCCCCCGUGCCCUCGCCUCGCCUUGA